AUGAGCUUGGAUUCCAUGCUACCCAUCGCUCCGGCGAGGGUAAGAGCUCUUGUCCUGCCCAUCGGCCAGAUAAAACAGGAGCGCUUCUCGACUUUCCUCCAGAGGCUCAACCAGGAACAUGUCGUUCAACUUCGCGACAUCAGCGUCGAUGGCCGGCCGAAUCGAAACAUGUUCUCUCCCCUCGCAUUCCCCGACGGCGCCAUGUUCUACGACCUGAUCACCUACGUCCCGCCCCCGUCGCACCUCGCUUUGACCCCGUUCGACUCCUUUCGCGAACCUCUCGCCGUCAUCGCAAUCGCCGACGGUGCAGAACUUGAAAAUGUGGCCUUCAGCAAGAGGCAGUCAGCCAACGGCUACGCCUCGACAAUGACCGAGAGGAAUAUUCGCACGCUGUAUCAGGAGCUGGAAGAGUUGAGGGACAUGUAUCCCAAGGUGCUCACGCACCAAGUGCUGAUAUUCGACUAUAUGGCGCCGGACGAAUCUGCCAUCUCACUGCCCGAAGGUAUCAAGACCAUUCCCACACUCGAGCAAUCAAAAAGGACUACAAUGAAGACCAUCAUGUGCGAUAUAUCAUCCCUCUUGCUGGCAGAGAUGACCACUCUUGCCAAGUGCUUUGAAGCCAUGACAGCUAUCGACUCUCCUGGCCAGGCGCCUACUCGCCCGGGAAUGAACGGUGCCAGCAAUUGGACAUCAGACGAUGCGAACCCAGCAGCGAGGCGGAACUCGCAGUUCUCCAUGUCUACCGUGACUAGGUCGGCAUCAACAAGCGGGGCUGCGGAUAGGAGCCAGGCCCGCAUGUCGAUGCCAGUGCCGUUCAAGUCACUUCCGUUUGGCUCCAACAGUUCGGCACCCUCCGCGCGGCCAACGACCCCUGUUCGGAGCGGGCUGUCCGGCCCGCCCACCACGUUUGAUGACAUUGCGCACGCGAACGGGAGUCACUCGAACGUGACAAGCCCUGAGCGCAGACCACCUUCUCGUCCAGGAAGCUCCGAGGGCAUCAAAUCGUCCAAGCAAGACAAAGUCUCGGUGCAAGGUUUUGGGCCCGGUGGACUGAAUGAGAGGUGGAGGAAUAAGGGCAAGGGGCGAGUGCAGAUUCUCGUAGGAUCUUUAUACCUACAGGCUGGACGCUGGACCGAUGCGCUGAGAGAGCUGAUCGAGGGUGCAAGUGUCGCAAAGUCUAUCAAUGAUCACUUAUGGCACGGCAAAGCUCUUGAGCUGAUCACCACGAAUCUCAUACUGCUUGCCUGGGCGGGCAUCGAGUUUCGAGUCCCCACCAUCUGCCUCUCUCCCAAUGAGAAGACGCCUUCCAGCAUAUCCAAAGCGCCCGAUGCCGAAGAGGCAGACCCCUUCCAACCUAGGCACCUACGUGAGCUACAGGCUAUUCUCCCAGAACUUUCCGAGAGAAUAAUAGGGCUAUAUUCGAGGAUAUCAGGCGAGCAGCUACCGCCGUUACCACUCUCAGAGACUGCCAUAAGGUUCUGCAAUAUGCUCACAGCCCUUCAUUUGUGUGAAGGCAAGCUUGACAAACAAUCGUUGAACAUCAUGGUUUUUGGCAAGUUCCCCGACAAGGUUAUGACUACAUCACCCCGUCUUACUAUUACGCCACCGCGAGGACAGAUCACCAACCUUUUGUUUAAGGCGUUUCCUUCGUCUGCGCCCGAGAUGCUCACUACGGUGGACCGUGCCAUGAUCCUCAGUGGUAUUGCCGCUGUUCUUGGGACCUUGGGGUACCACAGAAAGAAAGCUAUGGUGAUACGGGAACUAGUUUCGGUAUUGAUUGGAGGACUGGUCGAGGCGAGGACCAGAGGCGCUGCAGAAGUAGGCAUACACCCCGCAGCCGGUCUGGUCGCACUCAAUGCUGUCAACAGGCAUGGCAAUGGAGCAGGGGCUCUUGAACUUGGUGAAGGUGACAUUGAGCAUGGUAUUGACGCUUUUCUGGGAUUGUUAUGCAAAACCUAUGGCGUCGUCAGCUUCGACGAUCCCUCUAAACAGUACACGGCCGACUCGCCCCCAGCCAGUGACACAGAUGAGAGUGUCAUUUCAAGAAUCCAGGGCCAGUCCUCAGCUAGACAGUUUGGGAUGACGAAUGUCAAGCUCAAUAUCCUUCGGGCUUGCAUCCAUUUCUCCGAGGCGUUACCAGACUUUAAUGGAGUGCUGAAAUUCUCGAGCGAUCUUCUGCGUACUGCCGGAAGUGGCGUCGCACCGGGUCCGCGACGGGAAGAUGCAGCUCCCAUAAUCUCAAGAGAUGAACAGGUCCGGCUAUCUACAAAUAUCUCCAAGACUUCGAGCAUAUCGCAAAGAUUAGGACUGGGACACUUAGCCGCGGAAUACUGGGACGAAUUUUUAAUACGAGGCAUCACACUGGACCCCCUGCCGUCUACAAGGACGCCGAUACCGCACUCCAAGAACGUCUUACCGGGUGUGACAACCGCGCGUACUUCCCAAGACGUCAACCCUUUUAUCUAUAAUCCGUUUUUGAGAGCGCCGGACAAGGCAGCAGUCGAAAAGACACUUGUUACUGGAGAGGCGGCUGUGUUCAAAGUCAUACUCCAGAACCCAUUCGAGAUCGACGUGGACAUUGAGAGCAUCAAGCUAGACACCGAAGGGGCCGACUUCGAGUCUGCAGUCAUAGGCACCGUCAUAGGGCCUUAUCGCACCCAGAUACUGAAGCUUUCCGGUACACCCAAGGCUGCAGGCUCGUUGAAAAUCACUGGAGCCAUUGUACGAGUGCGAGGAUGUCGCGAGAGGAGGUUUCCCAUCUUCUCGCAGGCUUGGGCACCCGACACUGAGGAAAAGAUCAAAGGCAUUGGCCUAGCCGCGUUGGAACAAACCGAGGUCCUGUCUCCUCCAGGACCAGCGUUGAAACCUGACAGCAUUGGGUUGAGCGUGAUAUCGGCUCAGCCUGUCGUCAUUGUCAAGUCAACGAGUCUUCCACUAUCCUCUGUCAUGAUCUUGGAAGGAGAGCAACAUACAUUCUCCGUCACAUUGCAAAAUCUCUCACCAACUACGCCAGCAGAUCUUCUGCUCUUCUCCUUCCAAGAUUCCACACAAGGCCCGCUGCAAAGUGCCCUCACGAACAGAGAAGCUACCUCUGCCGAACUAUACGAAUACGAGUGGGUGCUUGCUAUGAAACAAGCUCUACGACUACGCAAGAUCGAUGACUCCAAGAGAUACAUUGCUCCUGGCGCAACGGCAACUUUUGAAUUCGAGAUACUUGGGAAACCUGGGCUCACGAACGGGGCAAUUCAGAUCGACUAUGCGUACCUUGGUGUGCCUCCGUCUGAGAUCAGCAGCCAGUUUCAUACUCGUCAGGUCUGUCUAGACCUUGCCAUCACAGUAAAUGCCAGUGUAGAGCUGGCGAGGGUGGAUGUGUUGCCCAUGCAGACCAAGGUGCCGAAUCCGAUCUGGCAUCGUUCUGGCUCACAGGGGGCGGAUGCUGAGCCUGCCGGGCCAGACAAAUAUUGCCUGCUUUUGAUGGACCUCCGCAACGCCUGGCCAAGUGCUAUACAAGUUUCUCUUGAAGCCGGACGAGGCAUCACAGUCGAGGAAUACAUCCUUCCUGGAAACACCAACAGAGUUGUCUUCCCGAUACCCAGGAUAUAUCUCGACGACCCACACGCCUCAAUCCCAGCACUGAAUCCCUCUCGUCAACGGCAAUUCGUGGUCAGCAGCAGCAAAAUCACGCCAGAGAUUGAGAGAGGGAACCGAGAAGCCUUUUGGUAUCGCGAAAAGAUCCUCGAGUCCCUGUCGGGUACGUGGAAAACACUAUCCGGUCCUGCAAGAGAGGGUACGAUUGAUCUACGAGGAAUCCGCCUAGCACCUCGUAUGAUCGAAGCUAUUAAAAUCGACGAGAUCGGAAUUGAUGUCUCUGUCGAGAGCCGAAAGCCGGACGACUCGACCACCCACAGCAAUGGCAUGUACGUUGACGAAUUUGCACAGAUCAAGGUCCUGAUCACGAAUCGGAUGGAUGAACCGAUCCAUCCAACCGUCAGAAUAAUGCCGUCAUUGUGUCACCGACCUGCGAAUGUGGCUCUAGACUUCACUCGGAAGUUCACCUGGAACGGGACCCUGCAACAGACGCUGCCCCUGGUAGCAGCCAAGUCCAGCACGGAGUUCCUGCUGGGCGCGACUGCGCUCUGUCGCGGCGAGUUCGAGAUCGCGGCCUCGGUCGAGGAGACGCAGCUCUGGAAGCCGCCGGCUGCUGCACACGGCAGGGGCAGGCCGAGAUCCGAAACGCAGACCAUGAUGGAUGCGGUGCUGGGCGCGAAGCAGAGGCGCAUAUGGCAUUCGAGACGGCCGUGCUUUGUCACUGUACGAGAUAGACCGGAGGGGUAA